AUGGUUGAACCAGAACGUAUUCCAUUUGGUGAAAAAGUUGUCAUACACGCCUACGUUUUGGGAAAAACACCAAAUAAAUUGUGCCAAUUUACUCACUACUCCGUCCAGUUCAAACAAGACUGUGAGUAUGUUUUCACACAAGAAGUUAAGUUUUCCGUUCAAAAACCAAAAGGUACACGUGUAAAAAUUUUCCUUGCUGGUUUCGUUGGUGACCCAAUUAACCUUGACGACGAAGAAGAGGAAGAGGAAGAAGAAGUUAAAGAAAGCAAAGAAGCAAAUGAAAGCGAAAUAUUCCAACGCUAUGAAGUCUUUUAA